GAUAAUCGAACAAAGGACUAAAGGAGUUGAUUUGAUACGAUACAAUGGCGAAGGUCGUUUUAAACCUUUUUGUCUGUUGAAAAGUUUCAAAACUUGGUGGUGAACUUUUGAUUUGAUGUGACGUCAACGAAAAUUGAACGAAAUAAAAAGAGAGAAGGAAAAAAACGUGAACUUUAGUCAACUAAAUUGGUUCACGAGAUACGACAAAAGCCAAAUACUUUUUUCUGAGAAUCAAACUUUUUAAACUGUAACAUAUUAUUGUGACUCUCCCCGCUGUAACAUUAUGGAGAGAUCUAAACUGUAACAUUUUGGUGAUGAACGAAUUUCGUUCUGUGAAAUCUUUUCUUGGAAACCACGUGGCCGUGCAUUCAGCGGACGAGGCUCGUCGUCAAGCAGACCCAAAUCUCCACAAACAUGGAACGAAAAUGAGAGAGGGGGGAUUGCUGCCAGGUCACCGCUGGGUCACCCGACUGCUUUUAACAUCCAGCAUCAUCGGCGCAUAUGGAAAUUUGCCCAAGCGCUUCUUCCUGUUUCCGGUCGGCGCAUGCACGGAUAUGAAAUUGAAACAACCCGGAGGAACUUCAAAAGUGAACGAAGCGCUUAUUUAAUUGCGUUCGUGUGCUGCUUCCGACGAAUCUCUACAAAGGACUACUAGAUGGCUGCACCAUAUUAACACAUUCCGAUGGACGCAUGAUCGGUCUGAUUAUCAAUAGUCUCAAGCUACUUAUUUUGUGACAUCAUCUCUUUCCGGACUGACGAGUGACGACUUCCAGAGAAACUUCCAGAGAAACGAAUUCAACAGACGUGGAGAGAUGAGUGAGAAACUUUUGAUACUGGACGGAGGACUCGGCACGCUGCUCUAUCGCAGAGGAGCUUUCGUCAAAGGCGAUCCAUUAUGGUCAGUUCGCUGUUUGGUGUCCAAAGAACUGGAAGGACGUCGCCAGCUGCUUCAAGCGCACCUGGACUAUUUGGCGGCUGGAGCUGACAUCAUCAAAACCAACAGUUACCAAAUGAGCACGGAGAAUCUCCGGAAGUGUCUGCCAGGCCUAUCCCAAGAAGAAGCUUUGGAAAUGAUGAAGGAUUCGGUCCGUAUCGCUAGAAAUGCUUGCGAAGAAUUUUGGCAAUCCAUUGGAGAGGAAAAAUCUGGACGGAGAAAGCCGGGGGUGGCCGGCUCUAUCGGUCCCUAUGGGGCAUGUAAAGCUGACAUGUCGGAAUACACUGGGGCUUACGUUGAUUCCAUGACAGAAGAGGAUUUGAUCCAGUGGCAUCGACCACGUCUUGCGGCUUUGCUUGAAGCCGGAGUGGAUUAUCUGGCCAUUGAAACAUUCCCGGCAUUGUUAGAGGCCAAAGCUAUUUUGAAACUUCUAAAACAGGAGGCCCCCGAUAUUCCAGCUUGGAUUUCCUUCUCUUGCAAGGAUGAACAACAUUUGUGCCACGGAGAGACGUUGGAUAGUGUUUUAAAACAUGUUUGGGUGAACAAAACUCCUGGUUUGAAAGCCAUCGGGAUCAAUUGCACUCCUGAAAGACUAAUUGGACCGCUUUUACGUUCUCUUGAUGGAGUGGAUCAUGUACCUGUUAUUCUUUAUCCUAAUCGAGAGGAGUCUUUUGAAGAUGAAGGUCCUCCAGUCGCUGCUUAUCCCAGUCGUCAAGACGAGAAAUGCAAUAAUAAUCUUUCCAAGUUAGCCAAAGAGUGGUUAUCUAUUCAUCCAAAUGUAUUUGCUUUGGGGGGUUGUUGUUUCUAUCAUCCACCAGACAUCACUAUUUUAAGCUGUGAUUUUGGCAAUUGAUUGUUUUUAAAAAUUUUUUCAGCCGAGUUAUAAUUACUUUAAUCAAUUGAAUUUUGGGCUA